AUGGGUACAUUUGAAGGAGAUCAUAGCAAAAUAGAUACAACUGUAGAAGGUGUUAGAGGAGCAGCAGGGCCACAAGUACUAAACGGUGAUAAGGGUGUGAUACUGGUUCAAAAGGAGACAAAGGUGAUACAGGUCUAAAAGGAGAUACUGGUGCACCAGGAGGCUAAACGUGACCAAGGAGAUACUCGUGCACAAGGCUUCAAGGGUGAUACUGGUGCACAGGGGCCACUUGGUAAUGGUUGUGCUGGGUCUCAGGGUCCUAAAGGUGUCGAAGGAGAUACUGUAACCCAAGGACCAAAAGGUGAUACCGGUUUUCAGGGUCCAAAAGUUGACAAAGGAGAUACCGGUCCUCAAGGUCCUAGGGGUGAUAAAGCUGACAUUGGUGUUAGAAGUCGAAAAGUUGAUCAAGGGGACACUGGAGCACAAGGACCUAAGGGUGAUGAAGGUGAUACAGGACCACAGAAGCUAUCUGGUUGUGGUGAUUCUGCACACCUUUUAACUGUUUUAUUAUUUCGUGGAACUCAGAUAAUGACAGGUACUUUGUAUAUGAACAGUGAAAAGUUUGUUAUUCUUGGAGAUCUAUCAUGUGCAAGAGAUCCUAAUAAUAAAAAGUAUGUUGACACUACCGGAAACAACACACUGAGUGGCUCUGAGACUUUCCAAGUUGAUAUAAACAUGAAUAACAACGGUAUUAAGAACUUACAU